AUGGAAGACCCCGUCAAGGAUGUUACAAUUGACGCUAAAGAGGAGGUUGCACAGCCUCCAAUGCAGAUAUCUUAUGAAGAACUGGACGGAGUAACUCAAGACGCAUGUUUCCUUGAUGAUGACAGACACCAGUCAAGUCCUCCUAGUGAUGAACUUGCAUCUGCAAGAAAUCAAGCUCAAAAGGAUGAUGAAACUGCUCAGAAUUAUGAAAAAGGAAAUUCUGGACAAGCUGAACCAGAAACAGCAAAUGCUGAAAAGUCAAGAGACAAUUCCAUUUUGUCUCAUGAACCUGAAAGAAAUUCAGCAGAAAGCAGCAUACAGAUUCCUUUGGUGACCGAAUCUGCCUCCAAGUCCACUAGACCUCGUGAAUGGAGGUUCUUAAAGAAUUAUCCUGAGGAAUUUGUCAUUGGGGACGUCUCUCAUGGAGUGCAAACUAGGUCUUCCACUAGAAAGGCAAAUGAAGGUUCAAACAUUGCCCUUCUUUCACAAAUGGAGCCUCAAAACGUCAAGGAAGCCCUAAGUGACCCAUCUUGGAUUAAGGCUAUGGAGGAUGAGCUUCUUGAGUUUGAAAAGAACCAAGUGUGGACGUUGGUUCCAAGGCCUAGUGGAAAGAAAGUGACCGGCACCAAGUGGAUAUUCCGGAACAAGUUGGGAGAAGAUGGCAUGAGACAAUUCUGGGCAGGUGAUGAACGUUUCCUUCUAGUCCGUGUAAUCUGGGCUUGUUUCAAGUAA